CUGCUCUGCGGCAAACAUGCCACUCCACGUGCGUUUUCGUGACCAAAAUAUUGCCGGCUAAAUUAUUUAUACUCGUUUUAAUACACAAAUUACACAAUGAGAGUUUUAGCGAAAGAUAAAGAGGAAAAAGUCCUCGCAAAAAUCGAAAAAUACAUUGGUGAUGACGUGCAAAAUUUAUUCAAACGUCCCGAUGGAGAUUAUUGUUUCCGAGAAAAAAAAGAUCGCGUGUAUUACGCAUCCGAAAAAAUAGCUAAUCUCGCCAGUACAGUCGCUCCUGACAAUUUAAUGAGUUUUGGUAUCUGCAUAGGAAAAUUCACUAAAUCUGGCAAAUUCCGUAUGCAUAUUACAGCCCUGCCAAUAUUAGUUCCAUUUGCUAAGCAUAAAAUAUGGGUCAAAUCAUCAGCGGAGCAACAGUUCUUGUAUGGACACAAUAUUAAUAAAUCUGGUUUGGGUAGAAUAACGGAUCAAGUUACAAAGUAUCAAGGAGUUAUUGUGUUAUCCAUGAGCGAUUUACCACUGGGUUUUGGAGUCGCGGCCAAGAGUACUCCAGAAUGUUCAAAUGCAGAUCCAAUGACUGUUAUUUGCUUUCACCAAGCAGAUGUAGGAGAAUAUAUCAGAAAUGAAGACGAUUUACUUUAGGUAAUAAAUUGUACAGCGACCUUUGUAAAUUAUAACAAGUUAAGUUAGUAAAAAAAAAUAUUUAUUAAUAUAACAAUUUUUUAAUACAGAAAAUUGUUCACUAAAAUUCCAAUAUUUUUUUCAAAACUUAACUUAGCAUCAUUCAACAUAAUAUGCAAAUAUUUAUUCACUUUAUUUCCUUUUGAAUUUACUAUAUACAACUUCUGCUGAUCUAUAAAGAUUACAGGAUCUGAAUGAUAUAGUAGAUACUUGAUAUAUUUAUAAUUAAGCUUCAUAUUUGUAAGAGCAGGACUUAAUGUUUUAACCUUCAUGCUGUUCAUGACACAUUUAAAUGGAUAAGUCAGAUCAGGAAAUUUUUUAAUAAUCAAACUAAUCAUCAAAUUA